CGAAACCUUAAAGAUAUACUUUCAUGAAUUGCAAGUUUAUAAAACAAGUCAAUUGAUACAAAAUUCAAAAGUUGUCUAUUGUGUUCUAUUUACGGCAAGUUGAUUGUUUAAUACUAGUUUUCUAAUUAUUUUAGCCCAGGAGAUCUUAUAUCCAAAAUAAUUAUAUCAAGAUGAUGGACAAUUUGGAACCUUUGACCACUGAUGGUGGCCGUAUAGUAAAAAUGGAGGUAGAUUACAGUUCUACAUGCGAUGAAAAAAUUGCCAUUGCCGAAAGUCUGGCAGCCAAUGGUAAACUGCAAGAAGCAUUAGAUACCUUAUUGAUGUUGGAAAAACAAACAAGAACUGGAUCUGAUAUGGCUUCAACUAGUCGUGUAUUGGUUGCUAUUGUACAACUGUGUUAUAAUGCUAAAGAAUGGGCAUUACUUAAUGAACACAUUGUUAUGCUAACUAAAAGAAGAUCACAAUUAAAAUUAGCAGUUGCUGCUAUGGUUAGAGAAUGCUGUACUUUCAUAGAUCAAACUCCAGAUAAAGAGACGAAACUGAAGUUGAUUGAAUCUUUAAGAAAUGUUACAGAAGGAAAGAUUUAUGUAGAAGUAGAACGAGCUCGUCUUACACAAAAGUUGGCUAAAAUUAAAGAGGAUGAAGGAGAUGUAACUGGUGCUGCAAAUAUCAUCCAAGAACUGCAGGUGGAAACAUAUGGUUCAAUGAAAAAACAAGAAAAAGUUGAACUGAUCUUAGAACAGAUGCGACUAUGUUUGUCUAAGAAAGAUUAUAUUCGUACACAAAUUAUCUCUAAGAAAAUAAAUACUAAAUUUUUUGAUGAUGAUAAACUUGAAAUACAACAGCUUAAAUUGAAAUACUAUAAGUUGAUGAUUGAAUUAGGAGAGCAUGAUAGUCUUUACUUAGAUAUUUGUCGCCACUACAGGGCUAUUCAAGCUACUCCUGUAAUUGUUGCCGAUGAAGAAAAAUGUCAUGCUGCUUUAAAAAAUGCUAUUUUAUACCUCAUAUUAGCCCCAUACGAUAAUCAUCAGUCUGAUUUAACUCAUAGAAUUCUUGAGGAUGAAGCCUUACAAAAAAUACCUAAGUACAAAUCAUUUCUGCAAUUGUUUACUACAAUGGAGUUAAUUCAAUGGAAAGAAUUAAGCCAAGAUUAUGAAAAAGAACUAAAAUCUGGAUCCUUAGCAAUAAACGUAUUUUCGGUCAAUACUGAAAAAGGAAUUAAACGUUGGGCAGAUCUCAAAAAUAGAGUCGCUGAACAUAAUGUACGAGUCAUGGCCAAAUACUAUUCAAGAAUUAAAGUGCUCCGUAUGUCUCAGUUAUUAGAUAUGACUUUAGAGGAUACUGAACAAUUAUUAUCUAAUAUGGUAGUGGAUAAAUCAGUAAAAGCCAAAAUUGAUCGUCCUUCAGGAGUUGUCGAAUUUUCAGUUGUCAAAUCUGUCAAUGAAGUAUUGAAUGAAUGGUCAUUUGGACUCAACGACCUUAUGAAACUAGUUAACAAUACUACCCACCUGAUCAACAAAGAGCAGAUGGUCCAUAAACAUUUGCUGUCUCAUUAAACAAUAAUUUAUAUUUGUAAAAGUUCUUCAUAAGCAUAAAUUUAAUAGUA